UGGCAGCAUAUUCUCCCUGGGAGAGCUGGGACUACUACCCCUCAUUGGAUACAACUUCCAGCAGACAGGGAGUGGUGCCUACACGUUGCUGGGAGUACCCAAUGCAAAGCCCCCCGGACCAAAAGUACCCUGGGAGAGGAGCGACUUUCGUGGUCUGAGUGCAAUGGAGCCACCGCGGGGCCCAAGGAAGCCUCUGUCAGGGAGGAGAGCCAGGUCUCUGGACAGGCUGCAGAACCCCCAGAAGGAUUCAGAGUCGUGCGACCGCCGGUGCAUUUCCCGGCCCACCAGCCCCUCCAGGAGGAUGCUGCGCCGGGCGGCCAGCGAUGGGGCCAGAUGUCCCAAGAGCCCAGCUCAGUCUGCGGAGGCUCAGGGCACCACGACUGCAGCCCUCAGCCCGGAGGAGACCAGGGAGUUUCUCCCCAGUGAGCAGAGGCCUCCGCAGGACACCAAGAAGGACAAGGCCCAGUGUCGGGCCCAGCAGGGGUGGCUGAAGACCAUGAUGAACUUCUUAUUUGGGAUGGGCCCCGAGGAGCCCAAGGAAAAGACCAACAAGAGGGCCAAGGGGAAGGAGGGCCUCCCCGAGCCCGCAGAAACCCCCGAGACACCGGGCGAGCCAGCUCCCAGGAAGAAAGCCCACAGCAAGAAGGCCAGCCGCAAGAAACACGGUCACAAGAAACAUGGUGCUGAGGAAACCAAGGGGACCCGAGAUCAGGAGGCCAAAGGGCAGGAGACCAAGAUGGCUGGUGCCUCAUGCUGCGAGGAGGCUGAUCUGGGCCCAGCAGCUGGGGAGGAUACCAUCAUCCAGAAGAUAGUGGAAUUGCUCAAAAAAGUGGGAGACCAGUGGGAAGAAGAGCAGCGUCAAGCCCCUCAGCCAGAGGUGGCUCCUCAAAACCCAGCACCAGUCUUCAGGAAGAAAUCCCAAGAGAGAAAGUCUAGCCUCAAGAAAGCCUUUUCUCAUAAAAAACACAGUUCUGAGGAGCCCAAGAGAGCACGGGCUGCAGAUGUUUCCAGCCCAGAGUCCCGGCCGCCCAGGAGGCCCAGCUUUCUGCCCCUGUGUGUUGGUGGCCAUCGGCCCUCCAGCUCCAGCAGCCCAGGUGUGGAAGAACCUGAAGUCCAAGAGGCUCUGUCUACAGACGGUGGGGAUCCAAGUCCCUUCGAGCUUUCCAACCCAGCAGGAAGCCGGGGACCCGAAGAGGACCUGCACCUGGACAGAGCCUCGGAAUUCAAAUUUAUCCAGAAGAUCAUUGACCUACCCCAAGAUGCAGAGGAGCAGGGGGGAGACAAGCAACUUCAAGUCCAGGAGCCAGAAGUGGCUGCAGGAAACCUGGCCCCAACCUGCAGGAAGAAAUCACAAGAGAAAAAGUCCAGUUUCAGAAAAGCCUUUUCUCAUAAGAAACAUGGCUUCAAGGAGCCCAAGAGAGGGGGUGCUGCAGGUGCUGCCAACCCAGACUCCCGGCCGCCAAAGAGGCCCAGCUUUCUGCCCCUGUGUGUUGGUGGCCAUCGGCCCUCUAUCUCCAGCAACCCUGAUCCGGAGGAUCUCGAGUUCCAGGAGUCCUCACCUGCAGAAGGGGGGCCAGUUGGAUCCUCAGAAGCACCCUCCCAGGCCAGAAGCCACAAGCCAGAAGCAGGACCUCAGCCAGAUGGAGCAAAUGAAUCUAAGGAGCUGAUCAUCCAGAAGCUGGUGGCCAUUCUCCAAGAAGUGGAUGGCCAGUUGGGGGAGCAGAUCAGGCAACACCCCAGCUUUAAGAAGUUUUUUUACAAGCUCUCAGACUCUUCCCUCAGAAAGCUGGAAGCCACCCUGAGCACCCAGGAGGCCAACUCCACCGAACCCAAGAGACCCUACCCGUUUGUCUUUGGCUUGGCUAACAAAUGUGCUGGCAGCAAUUACCAAGCUGUCCACAGCCUCACGGGCCUACACUACAGGCGACCCAGUUUUAGCCAGUUCCCAUACAGGGAGGACCAGCAGAACGACACAAAUCCUCAGAGCCAGAGUCCAGACUGAAAGCUAUGCUUUGCACUCAAGUUCCCUGAAUUAUCCAAACAUCGGUGGCUUUAGCCAGGAAACCCCAAAGAUGUCCCAAUCCAGUGCUUCACAGACAUAACUGAAGACAAGAGUGGGCAGCCAUUCUGCAUCCUUGCACCGUUGUGAGCUUAUCUCAGUGGAGAAUGCAGAAAUGUUCUUCCACAAAGCUGGAGGCAGAGGCCAUGGGGGGAAAUAACACUGGACUGGGAGUUAGGAGACCAGGACUCCACCUGCUCACUUGCCCCAAACUUGCUGCAAGACCCUGUCCAUGUCCCAUGUCCCCUCUCCUCUCCAGACCUUGGACUCUGGGCUGGAUUAGUGACCCAUCAGAUCUCUUCUGGCUCUAUUAUGCUGAAGUCUCUCUAAAGAGAGGUAGUAAGUGCUUUCACUUUGUGGCUAAAUAUACCCAUCCCACAGAGCUGGAGGCAAUCUUUAAGUACUGACCAAAUGAAUGAAUGGGGGGAACUCCUGAGAUCUAGGCAAUUUUGCCAGGCAUUCUCUGGGAGGCCUUGGUCCUCAACUGGAAUUGUGCAACCCGUGGUUCUAUCUCUAAACUGGGAGCUAGGGAGGAAAUGGGGGAGCUACCUCAACAGGCAUUGGUCCAGAGCACUGGACCGGGAAUCAAGGCCUUUGCAUUCUGGGGCCAAUCCUAGUGUGUAGUGCCAACUUAUGUGCCCUUAUUUUUUUUAUCAUGUGUUUUCUUGAUCCAUCAGGGCUGAAAAUAUGCCUACAUCAUGUAGAA